AUGGUCUUCACCUAUCCCAUUCUCCAUUUGUACCGGGUGUGGGUCAAGGCUAUAAAAUUUCUGGAUCACGGGUCAAAAAUAUGGCAGUAUGUAGAAGGCCAGAAGAGUGUGUCUACAUUCCUCCCCAUCGCAACCGCAGUCGCCAAAGAUUGUGGAGAUCUUUGCUGUCCACCUGUCCAACACUCAGUAGGAGCCCACACGUCUAAUAAAGUUGUCAGAGCAGAUGCCGCCAGAGGUGGAAUUAGAGCAACUACCCCCAGUUCCAUGUUCUGUGGGAAUGCUGUUAUCAAGGCAAGUGGCACUGGCAGUGAAUCAUCUGGAAAGCCAAGUAUGAAGUUCUGUGUGUAUUUAAGCAACUUGGAGAGGCAACCCACCUUGUUUUACAUUUUGCCAUCCAACUCGAAAAUCUACUCCAUGAGCCCUUUCCUCAUGUUCUUUGAUUGCUCUUUCACCUCUUAUGCCCAGAAGGUGGAAGUGACCGAAGGGUGCGCAGAAGACUGUCUUGAAUUGAGGCAUCUUUCUUGCCCUCCUAUGGGGUACCAGCCACUACGUAGGGAGCUGGUGGCAAGAAGAUUCGCCAGAGAAAUUUGGCGAGUUGUGGAGGGAAAUAGUGGAUACGUGGGAACGGACUUCAUAACCGAGGUGCAGAGUUCUAUUAAUGGCACAUUGAGCUGCCCCUCCAUCAAUGCCUUCUAUGCAUGUACAGACAUCACCUAUCCACAUGCGUCUAUACUACUCGCAGCUCCUAUCCAUGGUCUUUAUGUAAUUGGAGACGAUCAAUGCAACACUAUGGAUCACAAGAGGAGGCAUUACAUUGAGAUGAUGUAUAACCAUCAUGUACACAAAUUCUUCCUUUAA